AUGAAGACUCUUCAGCUCUUUGCUUGCUGGGAUUUCCCAAGUUGCAGUCACUCACCGUGGGCAGCUGCUGCGUGUUAUGCUUAUUCACUUCAAACCCCUUUUGUCAAGUACAUGUGCUCAGAUGAGAAAGAAAAUGAGGGUUUCGUUGAGUUGCAGAAACUUUCCGGCCGGCGGCCGCAUUCCAGCCGUAAGUUGUUUGCGCAGUUGUAUAUGAAAUAA